AACAAAGGUCUUGGCCGUUUUUCUUUGUCCAUAGGAAGGAUCACUUUUAAAGUCUGUCAAUCAGGUCACUGUCGCCGGAUUGUGAGGCCAAUGCAGACACAGACAAUUGUUCUGCCAAGCAGUACUCCUCUUGAUGUGGUGCCAACAAAGCCUGACUCAGAAGAACUGCUCAGUCAAGCUCAUGAUGGAACAGACGCUGAUGCUCAGACAUACUUUGAGUAUAAGACAAUCAACUACGCCAAGGCAAAACAGAAGGAUCGGGCAUGUCGUCAAUCUGGGUGUCCUGAGCUAUCGAUUCGAAAAGCAGCAAUCGUUCAUCUGGCAAGGAUUCUCAUUUGCGAGUUUGAAGCAGCAAGUAACAACCAGCAGCAACAACUGAGAUGGUCGUUUCUUUUCACUCUGUUUCCCCUGGGCAACGAGGACAAAAAUGUUCAGUACGAGCUCGUUGGCAGAAUCCUGGGGAAGGACAUGGCGGGUACGCAUUUCUUGUCAUACGUCCGUGGGAGUGCUGGGCUUGGGAAUCUGUCUUUAGUAUAUCAGUAUGAUAGCCUGCAAACUCAGGAGAAAACCAGUCUACGUCUUGCCUGUGAUGGUAAGGGUGCAUCGAUCCUGAAAGGCAAAGGUGAACAGACAUGCAAAUUCAAUCUGGGGGCCUACCAGCGGCAAUCAAAAACAGUUGUUUAUAGAUUGUUUGAUGCGGAUGUCGCACACAACUGAUACUAUGAGUCUAUGUCCAAGAUACUGCGCGGGGAUGGAUUUAUUCUCAAAGCAGACUCAGAUGGUAAGGUUUUGCCAACAUUGCAGGAUGUCCCAGAAAGUGAGGCAAUGGAGUCGAAGUUUCAACUAUAACCAGAUCUCCACGAAGAGCGUCCCUCCUUUGAACCCUGGCAUCUACAAUGCACAAGAUGUGACUAUGACAAUUACUUAAAAACAGAAGAUGUUAACGACAUUGUGCAGUGUACAAACUGCAAAGCUUGGGCACAUCAUGACUGUGUACUGGCCGACAGCAAGGUCGGAAAGAAGAAGUUAAGUGAGAAGCCACACCAGAAACUAGUA